AGACUGUAAUCAGUUUUGGGAUUUUUGUUUCUUCCAUUUUUUAUCAGACUAAACGGAAACCUAUCUUGCUUUUGAAGUUUAGUUCAUGACUUGUCUUCUAUCUAAAGGAAAUUACGUUCUCUUUUCUUUUUCGGAUAAUGGAUAUUUCCAGUUCUUACCUGGCGUUUGAUGGAAAGGUGAAUGAGCUGAUUACAUCUGAGCAGGAAAGGGACUCCUUGUUUGAGGCUUUGAAAAAAUAUCAAACGUCCUCAGAUGUGAUAAGACUUGUCAAUGAUCUCAAGAGACUUAUCAAUGAGCCAUCUAAACUGGAAAUUUAUGACACAAUCAGACCUCUGAUACGCCCCCAACACCAGCAGCAUUAUGAUAAACUUGCACCAAAAGCUCCAGGUCAAAGGUUACGGGUGAUCAAAUUACGCCGGAGGACAACAGAAAGUUUUGGAUUUGCUGUUAGAGGAGGGUUUGAGCAUGGUGUUGGAAUAUUUGUGUCACAUGUGGAACCUGGCUCACAGGCAGACCAUAAAGGGCUCAAGAUGGGAGAUGAGAUUGUGCGAGUUAAUGGAUUUACGAUCAUCCAGGCAAUUCAUGAGGAGGUGCUUAAUCUGAUAAAGGGGCGGGAUGAGAUAGAGCUCAAAGUCACAAAUAUUGGUAUGGUGCCCAUUAAGCAAAAGCCGACUGAUCCAGUUACUUGGCAGUAUGUGGAUAAGCCAGGGCUUAACAAGUCUCAGGUGUCAAGGUCAUCCGAUCCUGGACAGGAAAAUCUUGUGAAGAUAUUUAUUAAUCUACAUGGAGCUCCAGGUCUUGGGUGCAGUAUUAUCAGUGGACCAUCGCAUUUCCCUGGUAUCUUUAUCGAGACUGUACGACCUGGCAGUUUGGGAGAAGAUUACAACCUAGAAGUGGGGGACCAAAUCAUGGAAGUGAAUGGAAAAAGUUUUGAGAAAAUCAAACACAAGGAGGCCAUUGUAGAACUUAAAGGAAGCAAAGAACUUAACAUGGUCAUCAAGAAAGCAGUGGGUUUGCCAUUGCUGAACUUAAAACAGAAGAAUUUGGGAGAAAGCCCUGCUCUUGCCAAGAAAGAGACUAAGAAAGAGCCCCAACCCCAGCCACAGGAGGAAGACAGUGGGGAAGUUAUCUGUGAAAUUUUAGAGGAAGAUUUGUAUGCCAAGGUGGAGAAAAAGAACUGGGAAGAAGAACAAGAACAGUUAAGGAAACAGAAAGCUGAGGAAGCAGUGAAAGAACAGUUUCGACAACAUGAACUUCAGAAAAAAAUGGAGGAAGAAAGGAGGAAGAGGGAGGAACAAGAGAGGAGAGAGGCGGAGGAAGAGGAAGAAAGAAUCAGGGAGGAAGAAGAACAGAUAAGGAAGGUAGAAGAGCAGCGUCGUCAGUUGGAAGAGCUUAGAAUACAACAGGAGGAAAUAGCUCGAGCAGAGGAAAAAAGGAAAGAAGAGGAGAGAAAGAAAGAAGAAAAAAGAAAGAAAGAAGAGGCAGCUAGAAGACAAGAACAGGAAGAAGAAAGAAAAAGACAAGAAAUUAUUGCAAAGAAACAACAGUUCGCUAAACUAUUCAGAGAAAGGUCAGCGGUGUUAGCUGGAAGAUCUGGACCCUCAAACUCCAUGAAACCUACUCUUCUAGGAGCUGCACCGGGUGCACAGACAUCAUUUGGAGGUGGUGGUAAAAUGAAAGAAGUUGUAGUGAUUUUGGAGGAAAGCACACCUUUAGAUAUUGAGAUUGAAGGUGGUACAGACUCUCCACUUGGAGGGAAAAUUGUCAUUUCAGAGGUCUUCCCAGGAGGUGCUGUAGAUAAAAAUGGCAAGAUAAAGAAGGGUGAUCAGAUUCUGAAGGUAAACGGUGAGAGUUUGGACAGUAUCAGUCUGGCAGACGCUAAUGAGAAACUCUGGCAGGUAGAACAAGAAUGUCUCCCAGGGGAUGGCAUUACGUUUGUUGUUGUAGAAUCUGACUUGAAUCACGAUGAUGAAGUUACCUUCUUCUGACUUGGAUCAUCUGGAAGUGGACAAGCAAAGUGUUUACUCAGAACAAUACAGUAUAUAUUCUAGUGAUAGUGUUCCUAUUACAUAUAUCCACUAGUGUCUCAUACUAGUAUUUAGCCUCUACAACAACCACAGGCGACAAGAAAUUCCUGUCAGCCAUAUAUUGAAAAUUAAUUAUAAGUUUCUCUUAAUACUUUUAUUUUGAACUCUUUAUACAAUAUACUAAAACAAAAUUGUCAACGUUAUGUGUUGAAAAUUGUAAGAUUCAGCAUAAACAGUCAAAUCAGUGAUUUUAAGUGGUUGUGCCAAACAAGGAAAAAGAUACCACAAACACUACAUAGCAAGUGCACAGUUCAUAGGGUUUUUAUUUUUCAAUGGUUGUACCUACUUUCCCCCUAAAUUUUGGUUUCCUGAAGCAUAAAUAAAAGGAAGGACUUCACAAAAUGACCAGAUAGUAAUUUCCACCUGGGACUAAGCCACUGUUUUUUCAACAACAUUGAUGUACACUAUAUCGGCUGUUCACAACGUUCAUCCAUCUUUUAUCAGCAAUGAUCUUUUUUAAAACUGUUACUAUAAUAAUGAUGUAAUUUUUUGUACACCAUUUUUAAUUAAAAUCAAAUUCAUGCCAGGUUUUCAGUAUUAUAUACAAAAAAAUGUACUGUUAAAUUAUCAUUCAUUGUGGACUUAAUUUUGUGAGUUUCAUAGUUUUGUCAAUCCAGAUGAAUGAAUAAAACUCCAAUAUACCUGUA